AUGAUUAAUGAUGCGGAAACGGACCAGAUAGCUCGGCAUAUUGCAACAUUACUUAAACAAUCUAGCACUACCACAAAGUUUUGGAAGCAAUUGAAGAUUGAUAAAAGUUAUGAAAGUGCCCGGGAGAGACUUCAGAAUAAAAAGCCUUCUGCGUUACAGUCUAUAUUCAAGGUAAAUUCUCAAGUUGAUGCACUACAUAUUUUGAAGGUUUUUAGAGCACAUCAAACCAUUCAAGUUUCUAGUGAAUUCAACCUUGAAAACUCUGGUUCAGACAUUCAAGAUCACAUAGUUGGUAAACUUAAUGAAAUAUUUGGAUGUGACUAUCCUAAAGUUGAAAAUACUAUAAUUACUGCGACAACAAUUGUAGAUGAUCAAUCGGACGAUUCAAAAUUCAUUUAUUUUAUCAGACAUUCUCUUUUAGAUUUUAUAGCUAACUUUAAAUAUACAACACCAAGGGCAUUAGAUAGGUCAAUGUAUGAAAGAUCAUAUAUUACAGGCAUAUCAGUUGUUAGAAUUUCUGACGAAAGAGAGAUACUAAAUGUAGAGGUCUUAGGACCACCAUUUAGAAGCACUAAAGACCACACUGUUGGAGAUGUUAAAAAGUUAUUGAUUAUGGCCGUCUGUAGUUUAUGUUAUUCCCUUGGCGACUAUUUAGAUUGUAGCGUUGAGGAUGCCAAAAAAGUUAAAUCAAAGAAGAAUACCGGCUCUAUUUGUUCAGAACAUAUCAUUCAACCAACACCUCUUGGUCCAUUUUGGACCGGUAAAUUUUCACCAAAAAACUUAACCUUUCCUAAUACUCAACCGACGAAUCGGUUAAAACGGAUUCUUUUUAGAUUAGAGAUUGAUGGCGAUGGUAUUAUGGAUGGGGACCUUCCUGCCUUUACAAUUAAUAUAUUUGACUCAGGCGAUGAAAAAAGUGCAGAGGCAAUGUAUGCCGAGGCAGUUAAGGAUACCUAUUUCGAUAACUCAUCAGACACAUCAUCUCUUAUUACGUCGAUUUUCCGAGCAAAUAGAUAUUUUAUAGGAAAGGCCAAUAACUAUCACAUUCGGAUGACCAGGAGGGUCACAAAUAGAAUAACACCAUCAUUCAAAGAUAAUUUCGGGUUUCAACCAAACCGUGACACACAAUCUUAUAUCACAACAAUCAUCUACCCCACGUCAAGGAAUUCUUCAUUCUUUGCACCGGGAGUGGCAGGGUUUAUGAUUGACCCUCAUAACUUUGUGCUUGAAACGCAGACAGAACAAAGGCAAUUUCUGUCUGUCAUUUCAAACGUAUUGGCUGUGGAGGGUGCAUUCUUUACACUCUAUACAUUUUUAUUUGGUGUUGGUCGAAUAAAACCAUUGGGCGUCAUGCACUUAAAGAAUUCUAAAACACAUGAUGGAUAUAAAAACACAUCAAUUCCACCAUCUUUAUUUUUAAAAAUUGAUGAAGGUAAUAGAACGUUAACAACAGAAGAACGACUUGAUCGUCUGACAGCGCUUAUUGUAAAACAUGUUAUUGAGAUAUCAGAAUUAGACGAAAAAUUGAAGAAUAACAGUGAUGCUAACCGAUGCUGGGAUGAAGAUUACUUAAAUUCUUAUGCAAAGAACAAUUUUCAAUUUUCACAACCUGCUCAAACUGAAAAUACAAAAAGUUCAGAAGAAGAACUUGAUUCUGAUGUAGUGAU